AGCGACAUAUAAACUACGUGAAAAUGUUUCACGUAUACUGGCCGGCUACGGCAUGUCUGACUCUGUUUUUAAUAGUUGGCGUAAUCAUGGUUAUGCUGCGUUGGGGACCGAGGAUAUGUCGCACGAGAAAUGUCGCUCUGCCCGAACGUACCGACUGGCAGCACCGGGUGUAUGAACAAACUGUUACAUACGCAUAACAGGCAUUUUUAAUUUACAGUCGGCUAAAUAAGUAUUUCUAGUUUACAUUCAACUAAUGACUAAUAAUUAUGAGAGUUUGGGCAUUAUACAGGGUGAGUCAAAUUAAACUUCACAUCUGAGAGUUUGGGAUAGUACACAGAAAGUUGGCUUUGGUUCCAUCCAUAGUAUACUGUCAAAUUUAUGGUUAAAACAAAUGGGCGUGUAUCGUCUCGAAAAGCGAGCAUUUUUGGAAAAAUAUUUAUAUGAAAAACCCUAUUUAUUUACUGUCACAAACUCUUUGGUGCCAUGUUAAAUAUGACUCACACUGUACAAGUCAACAAAAGUUUUCGGUUAUUUUGAAAAUAUGAUUUAACUUUACUAAGUGGGCAAAUUGAAACAGUAGUCAUAAUUUUAUUAUAAAAAUUAGCACUUAAAAUAUAUUAAAGCAGCUAUUUGAUACAUCUGGGCAUAAACAAAGAUGGCUCAAUUUUUCUAGAUUUUUUUUUUUUUUCAACAGUCCUCCUGGGUCUAUACACCAUACAACUUAAUGGCACUCCAGUUUUUUAAUCCCAUCCAUAUGUUUAUCAAAGCCCUUAACAUAGGACAUUGUUUCAGCUAUGAAGUCAUCGUUACGUGUGAAUUGUUCCUCAAGCUAUUUUUUCAGAUUAGGGAAUAAAUAAAUAAUAGUCCGAGGGUGGUAAAUCUGUCCAGUAUGGAGGAUAUGGGAGGAUUUUGAUCAAAAAGAAAUUUCUUUUCUGCCAGGUGUGGAUAUUUCUUUAUCCAGUAAAGAUGUACAGUAUAUUCCAAGUUUAUUUCUCACCGUUUCAAACAGAAAUUUUCUUAUUUCUGUGAGCCUUAUUUUUUUGGCAACUAAUUGUGAUAAAGCUAUGAUAUUUACUGUUACAGUUUGUAUGCUGUCAGUUAUCAGAUUGAUCAAUUACGAAAUACUCUGGUACAAGUACAAAGGUUCACGUUAACAUAACAUUUUACAAAUAUCUCUUCUGUUAGGAAGUAGUGGAAUGUAAAUGAACUUUUAUUAUUUUUUUAAGUAAACUACUAACAUUUUUUGCCUUAAUCUGAAACUAGAUGAUAAAACUGGAUAUUAAUCAGUGCCCUUUAACUAUAUUUUGGUAUAGCUGAAGUAUUAUUUAAUUCAGGAGUUGACAACCUGUGGCCCGCCAUAAAUUUUUGCGCGGCCUGCCAAUCAAUAAAGAAUAACAUUGACUUUGUUUUUAGUGCAUUAGGACUAGGUUCCAACAGUCAGACAUAAUUAAUUGUAUUUGAUUUGAAACAAUAAAAGUGGUCUGAACUUCUAAAAAAGGUUGCCAACCCUUGAUUUAAAUAUUGCACUGAGAUUAAAUUUUCGUUUAGAAAGCCACUAGGCUUCUGUAGAUAAGUGCCUAAAAUAUACAUUGACAUUUUUUUACACAAUGAAAUUUUAUAAUUUUUUACUGCUUUGGAUAAUCGAUAUUCUACUUCAUUUGGUUGUUGUACAAUACGCAUUUUCUUUGUCUGAUUUAUGUUAUACAAUUUACUAUUUUUUUACUACUUUUGUACAUGACUGAUAAUGAAAAUUUGUUAUUUCGCAAUUUCAGUCAAAUUUUA